AUGUUCCGCUCUCAUGAACGAUAUUUCUCGCAUUAUUGCGAUGGUUUUGAAGACUCGAAAAUGAAGUUAGCCUUCGCGAUCGGUCUGGCAGUUUGGGACUCGCCACUCAGCUCUGCCGAGAUGUUUCUCAGCGCGAAAGCUUCGGUCUUCAUGGCAGAAAUGUAUGUCGAGUACCCAGCAUACCGCUUCGACACCAUGCUAAAGGGACGGGGGACCGGGAAAGAAGGUUAUCCGGCAGUAAACACGGCAGGAACGGAGACCCCGUUCCCGCACAAUCCGAUCAAUUCUCGGUGUUAUGGUCACGCCAAGCAAAAGCACGUUUGUCGUUUUCCAAAAGAGGACCGAGCACACCGUUGGCGCUCUCCGAAGCGAAGAAAUUCGAAGCUAGCGCUCGCCGGAUGGGCAGUCGCACGCGCAGCGCCUGUGUUGCAUACGACGAUGCGUGUAUUAGCCCCUGUUGCAGAGUACGGUCGCCAAUUGGGCGCUGUUGCCGAAGAAAAGUGCCCACUGGGCUCCGCUCUCGUAGGAGUCGACAUUAGCAGGCAUGGUCUGUCUCAGUGCCAGGGCGAUCUGGGUGCUCGACGACCUUGAGCAUGAAGCUUUCUUGGUGGGUUUUCUCUAAUAGGCUCUUCCGUGAGAGAUACUUUGCGUGACUCGGAUUUCUGAAAAAAACUUUGCAGAGUUCGGACUCACUUCCAAGUAAUGUCGAGCGCGAGAUGCGUCGACUUCUGAUCUAAUUCCUCCGCGUUAUGCUUCUCCUAAUGGAUAGCGCCACGAGAGAUUCGCGCUGUGUUUCCUGCUGAUUGAGCGUGACCCUAAACUUAGCUCUUUACGUGGUGUAGAAAACUGUGGAAAUCAUUGCCUAUUCAUACCGCAACGUUUCUCGAGUCAUCAUGGUCCACCACUCGCGCUGUGUCUUGUAUGAUUGCUCCCAGAAAUGGAUGUUGUGGCACCGUGGAUCGUCAUCCAGGACGACAGUUGUAACGAUCGAAUCGGUGACCUCGUUUAUCAAAUGAGUUGUGCUUAAUGUGAACUUUGGAAUACUCAAUUGCUGGAAAUACUGGACAUGAAAAUAAUAUACUAUCAUAACUCGCUCACAUCAUUAACACGUGAUCGAUCGAGAGAGACAGA